UUAACUUUACCCAUAAUGAGACAUUAUGUGACCUGAAUUUGUGUGUGUGUGUGUGUGUGUGUGUGUGUGUGUGUGUGUGUGUGUGUGUGUGUGUGUGUGUGUGUGUGUGUGUGUGUGUGUACACUCGUUUAAAAGUUGCUUCCAGCCUUCAAAAGCAGCUAUCAUGUUUGUGACUGUGAUAAAUAUCCUGUUACAAACAUGUCAGGAACACGGCAGAACAAGCUCAUCCUCACUGUCAGUCUGUUAAAUCAUCUGAUAUGAGGAUGAGUGCGAGGAAGGAGGGAGGAAACCUCCCCUCCUGCCGCCUGACUAUAAGACUGCAGUUCUCCUCGAGUCUGUCCACACAGACAGGAUGCACUCCUCAUGCUGCCCUUCUGCCAGACCGCAGACACUAAAGGUGUUGUGUGUUCGGAUCUGUAUCUUCUACUCCACCAUGUGUCUGUCCGGCUGGCCGCUCUCCUCAGAGGCAGCCAAACUCCGCUGUGGUACUGAUCUCCUCAGUGACCUCAUCUUUGUGUGUGGAGAUCGUGGAAUCUAUUUAGGUAAAGGUACGAGGUCUGGUUAUGGUUCUCGGCCCAGAGGGAAGGGGAUUGUGGACCAGUGCUGCCGGCCAUCUGGCUGUGAACUUCAGCAUCUGGAAAAAUACUGUGCUAAACCAAAGAUCCAGCAUCAAACCACAGCUCACCCAACUACAACCGCAGAAUCUUAUACCACAACGCAGCCAGACACGACGCAGCAGUUCCAAGCAGUAUUUCAGAAGAGACUUGUGGAGCACCUGGGAGCUCCCAACAGUCCAAAGAGAGAAAACUAUAGAAAGAAAACACAGCCUUCAAAUCGACGGAAAAACAAAUCGUCAGGCAGGAGGAAUAACUCAAAGAAUGCAACUAGCACGCCUCCACCAGCCUCCAGGAGUCCCCUUCAAACAACGAGGAGCUCUAAAUCAUGACCUUUAACCUUGUAAAAAGUUAAAUAUUUAUAGUUACUAGAUUGAAUUUGGCAAGUUUCAAAGACUGUUAAAGAAAGACAGAAUUGGAGGGAAAGUUGCCAGAUGACAUAACACACCCACUGGCAGCCAUGUUGGAGGAAAACACUGAACAUUGAUGGACUUUUAAGUAAUUUGUCCUAUUAUAAAUGUCACUGUGUACAAGGUUUUCUUACUUCUGGAACCAGAACCUGGUAGUGCCGGUUUCACUCCAGAUCUCUUUUAGCACUGCAGCAACGUAUCAACCAGAAGCUUCCAAUAAUCUGACCUUUAGAUAUCCAGCAAGGUUUUUUGUCACUCGGCUCCUCUUUGUAUUUCUAUUGUAUUUAAAGCAGUAUUCAUUAUUUAUUUAUUUUUUCACAUUCUAAGCUUAUAGGGUUGUUCUGAUAAACAUGUUUGCAACAAGUGACUUAUAUACACUAUAUUUAUCAGUUACAUUUGGAGUGGUA